AUGAAGAAAUAUUUCUCGUGCUGCUGCCCAUCCCUGAGCCCAAGCAGGGAAACUGCUCGUUUUUACCUGCUUUUCGUGCUCAUUGCUCUUUACAUGCUGGCUGGCGCUGCCAUAUUUUCCUCCUUGGAGAGACAAGCGGAGCUAAAGGCCCACCAGCUCUGGGAAAGGAGGCUAAGAGACUUUAGUCAUGAGCAUAACAUUAGUUGUGAAAAGCUGAAAUCUCUACUGCGCCACUAUGAAGAGGCGAGGACUGCAGGCAUCCGGACAAAACCAGCCAGAGCCUUAUGGGACAUCCCAGGUGCCUUCUACUUCGUGGGAACUGUAGUCUCCACCAUUGGGUUUGGAGUGACGACCCCAUCCACUGGGACAGGGAAGGUCUUGCUGGUUUUCUAUGGGUUUCUGGGCUGCUCAGCUACCAUACUCUUCUUCAAUCUCUUCCUGGAGAGAGUCAUAACAUUACUAAGCUUGCUGAUAUUCUGGUGCCGCAGAAGAACUGGACGCAACGGGCCGGAGGGCCGAGCCAGUGAAGACAACAAAAAUGAAGAACUGAAACCCUCUGUAUACCAAGUCACACUCAUCCUUUUUUUGUUCCUGCUGGUUGCAUGCGGGACUGCCUCUCUCUAUUCAGCCAUGGAGGGCUGGACUUACAUGGAGUCCCUCUACUUCUGCUUUGUGGCGUUCAGCACGGUGGGCUUCGGGGACUUUGUUAGUGGCCAGAGAGAGCACCAUGAGCACACCUGGGCAUACCAGGUUGCAAAUUGUCUCUUGAUGCUCUUGGGAGUGUGCUCCACUUAUUCCCUCUUUAACACCAUUUCUGUGAUCAUCAAACAAUGGCUGAACUGGAUGACACUCUGCAUAGACAGCAGGUACAAGCCGUUUUCAUUUCAGGCCAUGGCAUGA